AUGGAUACAGCAAAUCACCACGAAUCUGCAGCGCAGGCCGCUAGCUCAGAUCAUAUCAGCAGCACUCGCAAGGGCUUCUUCGAUUUCUUUAGGCUUCCUGCAGAACUGCGCGACCGAAUCUACGACCUCUCUGUUCAGAACAUUGUUGCCGACGACGAGUGCGAAGACAUCACUCCAAUGCAACGAAACCCGAGGAAUGCAUCGCGACUCAACCCCUCGGCCUCUCUGGUGAACCGGCAAAUGCGGAGCGAGUUCCUUCCCCGGUACCAUAGGGCACGAGGCCUUGUCCUGUCUAGCAUGGGUGACCAAGAACACAGUGAUCGCCUUGAGGCUUUUCUGAGCCGUCUCGCAUCCAGGAUUCCCAUGACGCGCUGGUUUACCCUCCACUACGCCAAGAACGCACGCGCUUAUUUCCAACAUGAGGAGUUCCAUUGUCGGUUGACGCUCGUGGGUGGUACCAUGUAUGAGAGAUACCUCGAGUGCACAAAGGAGAACACAAUCGGUGACCCGACGUGGACCGCGCCUGUUGCGAACAUUGCUCGACUUAGAGUUACGAGCGGCCACAACCAGCGGCAACCUGAUGUCGAGGCGAAGGUCUUGGAAGUCAUCGAGGCUUUCCAACGUGAGCAUAGCGGUGGACCAAUUGUGCCUGAUGUCGAGCUUUUGAGAAGGAAUCUCGGUGUUCUCGCCCUAUCUGAUGGGAAAGUCCUGGAUGAUGGAAGCACGAGAUACAAGGGAGUCAGGCCUCGAAGAUGA